CUUUUAAAUCCUCUGAAACAUCGUUUAGAUCCUCGGAAAUGUCGUUCGAAGGAGACUUUAACCGUAGACGUAUCUGUUUGAUCUUGAUCAGGAGCAUCUUUUAUCCUGCCAUCACAAUUCUAGUACUCGGGAAUGUCGUAGAAACCCUUUAAAUCCUUCCUGAAAAACGAGCCUAACCAGAAAGAUUUACAGACAAGGUGUUGGCAUUAAUUUCUUCCCCGGCUGUCAACAUAAGCAGAAGCUUCUCUUUGUCAACAAAUACAUAUAAGACAGAGAUUUCUUCCAUCCGCUCCCAUCCACUUGCAAUCUUUUUCCACGCAUGUGGCUUGACUGCGUUGCCUCGAUCUCUAUAAAUAAGAGGGCUUUCCUCUGGCGAAGACGGCAAUGGCAAGAAAAUCGGGCGGCAGGAGCUAUGGGCUAUUGGCGAUGAUGAUGUUGAUAAUGUCUUGGAAUUCGGCCCAGGCCAUGGGAAAAUAUGUGGUGGAAGAGAAAAAGUUAGUGGUAACUUCGCCGGGUUAUAUUAAGGGCAAAUAUGACUGCGCUGUAGGCAAUUUUGGUAUUCCUCGGCAUGCCGGAACGAUAAUGGGGUCUGUAGCUUAUUCCGAGGAGAAUCAUAUGGGCUGCCAGGAAUUUGAUUCCAGCUUUAAAUCCUACCCUGGAGGACUUCCUACUAUUGUUCUGGUCGACCGUGGAGAUUGCUUUUUUGCUUUGAAAGUCUGGAAUGCUCAGAAAGCUGGAGCAGCGGCUGUGCUUGUGUCUGAUGACAAGGAAGAACCUUUGAUAACUAUGGAUUCACCUGAAGAAGGUGGUUCACCUUAUGAAUAUCUUGAGAAUAUCACUAUUCCCUCUGCCGUCAUUGAGAAAAAAUUAGGUGACAAACUGAAAGAAGCUAUUAAAAAGGGGGAAAUGGUCAAUAUUAAUUUGGACUGGAGAGAGUCUGUUCCACACACAGAUGAACGUGUGGAGUAUGAGUUGUGGACAAAUAGCAACGAUGAAUGUGGGUUGAAGUGUAAUAUGCAGAUGGAAUUUUUAAAGAAUUUCAAAGGAGCUGCUCAAAUUCUUGAGAAAGAAGAACACACAAAAUUUACUCCUCACUAUAUCACUUGGUACUGCCCUCUGGCCUUUACUGUGAGCAAGCAGUGCAAAGCUCAAUGCAUUAAUAAUGGAAGAUACUGUGCACCUGAUCCAGAACAGGACUUUAAUCGGGGGUAUGAUGGGAAAGAUGUGGUGACUGAAAAUCUGAGACAACUGUGUGUCUUUAAUGUUGCAAAAGAUGAUGGCAAACCCUGGGUUUGGUGGGAUUAUGUCACUGAUUUCCAUAUCAGAUGUCCAAUGAAGGAUCAAAAAUAUAACAAAGAAUGUGCAGACGGUGUCAUCAAAUCUCUAGGUCUGGAUAGGAAGAAGAUAGAAAAAUGCAUGGGGGAUCCAAAUGCAGAUACUGAAAACUCUAUUUUGAAAGCUGAGCAAGAUGCACAGGUUGGACAUGGAUCUCGUGGUGAUGUCACAAUAGUACCCACUCUUGUUAUUAACAACAGGCAAUACAGAGGAAAACUGGACAAAGGAGCUGUCAUGAAAGCAAUUUGUUCUGGUUAUAAGGAGACCACUGAACCUACAGUUUGCUUGAAUGAUGACAUGGAGACAAAUGAAUGUUUGGUAAAUAAUGGCGGUUGCUGGCAAGAUAAAAAGGCAAAUAUAACAGCUUGCAAGGAUACUUUCCGUGGAAGGGUCUGUGAGUGUCCUUUGGUUGAAGGUGUUCAGUAUAAGGGAGAUGGUUAUACCCACUGUGAUGGUUCCAAUCUGCCCUUUGCAUACUUCUAUUCUUAUUAUGGUAAGAAGUCUCAACAAAAAACGACGGGUGGGGGUGCUAUAAUUUUUGUACUGUUUGUGGUGGCUGCUCUUGCUAUUGGAGGUUACAUAUAUUAUAAAUACAGAUUCAGAUCAUAUGUGGACUCUGAAAUCAGCGCCAUCAUGGCGCAAUACAUGCUUCUUGACAGCCAGGAAGGGAAUCCAAAUCAUAUUCACAGCGAAACAUUAUAAACAAUGGCAUCAUACAAACUUAAAACUUGGGGCCAAUUCUGCAGAUGAUUCUACAGAUUUUAUCUUAAAGUAGUGUUCUUCUACAUUAUAAUUGUGGGAUACUAUGUUCAAGUUUUUUUCGAUCAUACAAGGUGACUAAAAUGCAUUUUCUCUUUGGAUGUUCUUUGUAUAAGCUUUAUACUUGUGAGCAGUGUGCUCACAUUUGGAUUCUGUAAGAUUCCUAGGGUAGUAUUAGAUAACAAGCACUUAAGUUUCAGGAUGUUGUAUAUGCUCAUUGAGUCGGAGAAGGCACGACAGUAUAAUCUGCAAUAAUGGGGAAUAAAGGUUACAAGUAGAAUGAUGUUCGCUUGAAGGCUGACCACUGCUAAAACUUCAAGAGCAGCAUAGAUUAAUGCUUUUAUAAUAAUUUGAUAGAAUUAUAAAAAUUGUUAUCUUGAUAAUAGUUGAAA